GUGUGUGUGUGUGUGUGUGUGUGUGUGUAUGUGUGUGUGUCUCUCUCUGUGUGUGUGUGUGUUCCUUACAGCCUGGUAUUAACAGUGUGACAGUGACCUGUGUUUCCCAUAAUUCCAGGCUUCAGUGUGUGUGUGUCACUCUGCAGAGCGACAGACGCAACACAGUUAAAAACCAGCCUUUAUUAACACACACACACUCACACACACUCUGUGUUUCUGUCGCUGCUGAGUCAGCUGUCAGUCGUCUUCCCCUCUCUGUUCCAGCCAACUCUGUCGACCAAAGAUGAUGGACGAAGAAGCCACCAAGCGUUACUGUCGGGCGAGCGACGACGGACUGAAGCAGAAACAAAAUGAGGGAGGGAGCAAAGUUCACGUCGCUCCCUUGGACAGAGAGAUCACUGUCCUGCCGCGGAGGAAGACGGACGAACUGGACAACACCGACGGGAUGAAGUUUUCAGCGUCUGACUCGUCCUGCGUUUCGUCUUGUAUCCGCCACGUAACUAAGGGACUCCUCAACCUGCUCAUCACUAAAGUGUGUCUGUUCUCUCUGCUGUUCGGAGUGGUCUGGGCGAUCACAGGACAUGAGUGUUUACCUGGAGGAAACCUGUUUGGCAUCGUGGUCCUCUUCAUCUGCUCCGUGCUGGGAGGGAAGCUGGUAGGAAUGAUCCAACUGCCCACGCUGCCCCCCUUCCCUCCUCUACUUGGAAUGCUGCUGGCAGGUCUGCUGCUGCGUAACGUUCCCUACGUAACAGACGCCGUCUACAUCGACACCCAUUGGUCCGCAGCUCUGAGGAACAUCGCGCUGUCAAUCAUCCUGACCAGAGCUGGGCUCGGCCUCGACCCCACGGCGUUGCGUCGUCUGAAGGCGGUGUGUGUGCGUCUUGCAGUCGGUCCCUGUGUGCUGGAGGCCUCUGUUGUUGCUGUGGUUUCUCACUUCCUGUUGGGUCUGCCCUGGAUAUGGGGCUUCAUCCUGGGUUUUGUCCUGGCUGCAGUGUCUCCAGCUGUCGUGGUUCCCUCCAUGUUGCUCCUGCAGAGAGAAGGAUUCGGAGUGGAGAAGGGGAUCCCCACCCUGCUGAUGGCUGCUGGGAGUUUUGAUGAUAUUCUGGCCAUAACGGGGUUCUCUACCUGCCUUGGAAUCGCCUUCUCUACAGGCUCUACGUGGAUGAACAUCCUGAAGGGUCUGCUGGAGGUGGUGGGGGGGGUGGUGGCCGGACUGAUCCUGGGUCUGUUCCUGUGCUGCGUCCCCGGCAACGACCAGGAGGACCUGGUGUUGAGGAGGACUCUCAUGCUGUUGGGUCUGUCCAUAUUCUCGGUGUUCUUCAGUCACGUUAUUGGUUUUUCCGGAGCCGGCGGCCUCUCAACGCUGGUGCUCGCCUUCCUGGCUGCUCUGGGCUGGAAGACCGACAAGGCUCCGGUGGCGGCCAUGGUGGGCCGGUCCUGGGACGUCUUCCAGCCGCUCCUCUUCGGUCUGAUCGGAGCAGAGAUCACCAUAAAGAGCCUCAGCCCCAGCACCGUGGGUCUGGGUCUGGCCUGUAUCAGCAUCGGUCUGGUGAUCCGCCUGCUCGUCACCUUCCUGCUGGUUCACUUCGGAGGAUUCAACCUGAAGGAGAAAUUCUUCAUCUCUGUGGCCUGGCUGCCCAAAGCCACCGUACAGGCUGCGAUCGGCUCCAAGGCGUUGGACUUGGCGAGGGAGGAGGGGGACGAGACUUUAAUUAAGUUUGGUUUGGACGUGCUUACGUUAGCCGUGUUAGCCAUCCUGACCACAGCUCCCAUCGGAGCGCUCGGUAUCGGACUGGCAGGACCGCGCCUACUGGCCCGGCAGGUCGAAGCAGAUGAUGCAGAAGGCGGAGCCACGACUCCAAGCACCAAUGGGAUUGGUCAAGAAAAAGACAGUGUGACCCUGGAGAGCAAACUAUGAGGCGUCUGAUUGGACAAACACAAUGUCAUACAGUACAACCUUCUGUAGGGGCAGACAUGUUUGUAAAAUGUCUUUGCUGUUAUGUUCCUUUGGCGUGCUAAAGCUAGUUUUUACUAGCUACAGACACUACCCAAAUGUUCAGCUGCAACUAGCCAGCUAUGCUAGCUGUCUGCUUAUCAACUCCUUGAUCAUGACAGAUUAUAGUAGCUUUUACCACGGCUAAUUUUAGAAAGGCCUCCGUGACAAAACAUGUCUUUGUUUUAGAUUAUCAAACAGACAAUGGAUCAUAGAUGUUUGUUUCUGACUGCCGGUGUUAACUAGCAUAGCUAACGUAAGCGUGCUAGCGUAGCUAAUGUAAGCGCGCUAGCGUAGCUAACGUAAGUGCGCUAGUGAGCCAUUCUUUUUCCAGAAUCCUGUCCGAAGGCAGACAGAAUUAAUAAAAUAAUUAAUUGUAAUGCAUUCCAAACGCACAUUAUAUUUAGGGCCUACCAAACAAAAAGCACGUUUUCUUGCGAUGGCCUUUUCUAAAAUGAGGAGCGGUGAAAGUUACUAUAGUCUAUCAUGUUAUAAA